AUGACCACCUCCCUCGAAGCCAAGAUCGUCGUCCUAGGCGCCCAAGGCGUAGGCAAAACCUCCCUCCUUCUCCGCUACAUAAAAAAUCAAUUUAAUCCGAAAACUACCACGUCGACGGUGGGAGCCAGUUUUCUGACCAAGAGGGUGGUGGAUACCGAGAGUGAUACGGUGGUGAGGUUGCAGAUUUGGGAUACGGCGGGGCAGGAGAGGUUUAGAUCCAUAUCCCGCCUCUACUACCGUGGCGCAAACGCAUGUAUCCUCUGCUAUAGCAUCACAUCCCAAACCUCCUUCAACGAAAUGUCCGUCUGGCUCAACGAACUCCGUCGCAACCUCCCUCCAGAUAUCAUCCUACAUGUCGUAGGCACCAAAGCCGAUCUCGUUGCCAAGGAUCCUAGUGCGAGGGAGGUCCCAUUCGAAAGAUGUAUUGCAUAUGUUGCUGAGAAUGUAACAUCUGUAUUGGGCGGUACACCACCCGCCACCGCACUGGGAGGUGAACGUAGUUCUGGGAGCUGGGGCGGUUCUGGAGGAGGAAUAUGGGGAUCUGGUGGAACGGGAGGGCAAGGGACGAUGGCGGGAAUGGAAGGCGCACGUUCGCCUUCUAGUAAAAGGAGUUCGGGAUUUUGGGGCAUGGAAGUCGGAUGGGAUUGUUGUCAUGAGGUUAGUGCGGAAAGUGGAGAGGGUGUCGAAGAAGUCUUUAGAGUUAUCACGAGGAAAUUGGUCGAGCAGAAUAAUAAAAUGAAGGAACAAUUGAUGAGUGCAGCUCAAACACCUGGAACGCCCAUGGGUGCGGAUGGAAUGGGAUUGGAUGGGCAAUCGGGAUAUUUUGAUGGGAUUAUGAGACCAGGGGGAAGCUUUAGGGUGGGGAGGGGCGAUCGGAGGAGUUGGUUGUUGGGGCUUACGGGGGGUGGGGCACCGAUAGGUGGGAGUGAGGUGCAGAUUGGUGGGGGAGUGGGUGCGGGUGCCGGUGGCAAUUCUCAUGGGGAUGUGAGGGAGAGGAGGGAGAGGAGAGAUGAGGAGGGCGUGGAGGUCAAGAGGAAGGGGAGAUGUUGUUGA